AUGAAUCGCCUAUUAUACUUCAUUCUUGUACUUGCUGGAGUUGCUCUCGCUGAUCACCCUACAGCUGGUCAAUAUAACCGAAACAGAGCUUCACCAUCUGGAUCUUUACUUUCCGUAGAACCAGUCGACGGGGCUGAAUUCGCUAUUGGUCAAUUCUUCGAUAUCUCCAUCGAGCUUCACAACAUUGCAGGCGGUGCUUCGCCAGAUAUCUCUGGUUUAACCUUUUCAGUAAAUGGAACAAAUGCUGCUACGUACUUUGGAAGAACAGCGCAAGCCGUAGAGGCCUGGAAUUUCACUUACUUUGUUAGCGCCGCUGCUAAAUACUCGUCUCAGGCCACUACCGUUGGCGUCUCCCGAUUCUCAAUUCGAUCUGUUUCGCUUACGAGCGCUGGGCCUCUUUCAUUCACUGCUACAGUUGGUAACGAAACCGUGUCUGGUACUUGGACUGGUCGCAGUUUUUCAACCCGAAAAGCAAAGAAUGUUGUACUCUUCAUUGGUGAUGGAAUGCCAUCAUCCGCCAUUAGUGCAGCCCGUUUGAUAUCCAAGGCUACACGUUUCGGCAAAUACGGACCUGACAACAACUGGCUGAACAUUGAAAAGUUGGGUAACAUUGGAAAAGUAAUGCCCAACGGACUUGACUCUAUGAUCACGGAUUCCGCAAACUCAGCCUCAACAUACGCUUCCGGCCAAAAGGGUUGGGUCAAUGGUCUCAAUGUCUACGCUGAUACUUCCGCCGCUACAUUGGACGAUCCCAAAACCGAGACUCUGCCAUCCAUGAUCCGUCGUCUCAGACCAAACAUGUGUAUCGGCAUUGUUACUACAUCUGAGGUACAAGACGCUACACCAGCUGCCUGGGCCUCUUAUACCCGAAGAAGAGCUGACAAGAACUACAUUACCGACCAAUACUUGAACGGUUGGAACGCUACUUUGGGAGGUUUAACAUACCCAUGGGGCGGUGUUGCAGUCAAGCCAGACGUCCUCAUGGGAGGAGGAGGUGAAUUCUUCUGUUCCAAGACAAACUCAACCCCCAACUGUGCAUCAUUGGCAAACGCUGACUACUAUGCUAAAUUCGCUGCUGCCGGAUACUCUGUCGUAAACACCAAAGAUGCCCUCAACUCAUACUCUGGAUCAGCUCCAUUGUUGGGAAUCUUCACAUUAAACCACAUGGACACAUGGAUUGAUAGAAAUCUCAACCAAAGCAAUUUGGCUCUUAAUGCUAAGUCCAACCCCACUGGAGCUGCAUCCGCUACUCCUUCUCAGCCCAACUUGGAUUCCAUGGUUAAAGUUGCUAUCUCAGCUAUGGAUGCCAAAUGUGGCAGCAAUGGAUUCUUCAUGAUGGUAGAAGCUGCUUCUAUUGACAAGUCCUUCCAUCCAAUGGACUUUGACCGCGCCAUGGCUGAUUUGCUCGAAUUGGACCGAACUGUUGCUGCCGUUCGAGCUUACGACCCAUACGAUACCGCUGUUUUGGUCACUGCCGAUCACGCUCAAGGAUUUGACGUAUGGGGAUCUGUCGACACUCAAUUGUACGCCAAAGGUGCCUUGAACGACAAUGGAAACUCUACCAUCCACAUUCAAAAACGACACGCCAUUGGUGACUAUGAUGUUGCCGGAUGGCCAAAUCUUGUUACUGACGCAACAACUGGCUUACCAACAAACUUUGCUGUAAGAUACAAGAUGGCUGGUGGAAAAGUAGAUGGUCCAAGUCACUCUGAGAACUUCAACUCUGUAACUGUACCCGACAGUACAACCAACCCUCUAACACGUAACCCAACUGCCAACAAUGCCACCUUAACUGCUCAAUACGCACCCGACACAGUCUACGUUGCAAACGCUAAUGACCAAGAAGGAACAGAUGGUAUAGCAUGGAUUCCCAAUCUUCCAGUCUCGGAAUCUACCUCCGUUCACACCCUUCAAGCGGUCGACUUGUACUGUGGAGGCCCACGCUCAUUUGCCAUCAACUGCCGUAAAGUAAUGGAUAAUACCGAACUUUUCUUCAUCCUUGCUGACGCUAUUGGAAUCAACGGUGACGGAUCUUACAACAGUGCUGCGCCAGCAACAUCGAAUAACGCUGGUAUCAUUGCUGGAUCAGUUGUUGGUGGUUUGGUUGUUGGUGCUAUUAUCGGAGCUCUAGUUUGGUACGCAUUCCGAUCAAAAAAGGCUGUAGCUGCCAAACAUGAACCAGAAGUCAAGACUCCUGAAGUCGUCUCGGCUUGA